AUGAAGAUGGGGGACGUCAGCCAGUCGGAUGAGUCAGCGCAUCCAAAAAUCAGACAAGGUGAAUUGGCUUCUACGACCGAGAUAGAAGUCAACAGAACGGAAACCAUUUCGAAACCAGAUGAACCGCUGCAAUAUGGAGAACCGGCCAGCACAUAUCUAGAUUCAACCGGUCCGGCAGCCGAUACGUUAUUCGGGGAUAAUUUGUCUCUAUGUGCCGGCAACGUCUCCAAUGGUCAAACAUACGGCCAAAUACCUCUCCAAACACGACUGUCGUCGACUCCUGAGGCGCAAUUAGCGUCUGAUCCAUCGCAGCCGGUAUCUAGAUGGAAGCGUUCCGUGGUCUACAGAGCAUGGGCCCAGAGUAAAGGCAUGUUGAUGGUAAUCUUGUCUCAGUUCUUUGGAUCGUCUAUGAAUGUGAUGACUCAACUUUUGGAGAGGGAUGGUUCGCAUGGAAAGGCCAUGCAUCCAUUUCAGAUUCUCUUCACGCGAAUGAUCAUCACCGUCACAGCUAGCUUUUUUUACAUGUGGUAUACAAAAGUCCCGAAUCCAUUUGGUUCAAGAGGUAUUAGAGGACUCCUGGCACUCCGAGCUUCUGGCGGGUUUUUUGGAGUCUUUGGCAUGUAUUUCUCCUUGUUGUAUAUGCCGCUAUCAGAAGCCACGGUUCUUACAUUUUUGUCACCCAUCGUCGCAUGUUAUGCAUGCUCAUUCCUGAUGCCUAAUGAGCCCUUCACGCGCAAACAGCAACUUGCAGGGUUAAUCUCACUGCUCGGUGUCGUUCUUAUUGCGAGGCCAUUUUCUGGCGGAAAAAUCGAGAGUCUUGUUACUGAAAUCAGCCCCUUGGCCGGGGAUGGUGGAAAUAGUACAUUGACAGAGACUGUUGGUGGUGAAUUAUCGGAUAAUGAUAUGGCAGAUGGUGUCAGUGCGAUACAUCAUCUCAUGGCAGUCGGAUUCGGAAUCGUUGGAGUAUUUGGUGCAGCAUGCGCAUAUGUGACGAUCCGUCUAAUCGGACCCAGAGCCCACCCCCUGGUCAGCGUCACUUAUUUCUCUGGCUAUACGGCGACAGUCUCACUCAUCGCCAUGAUUGCAAUCCCAUCAGUUUCAUUCCGACUACCUGGAAACCUGACGGAAUGGGCUUUACUUCUCGGUCUUGGAGCCACCGGCUUCACGAUGCAGUAUCUCCUUACUGCAGGACUAGCGUAUCAGCCACCAGCUAUUGGAGGCAAGCAAGCACAAAAGGGCAACGGGACUCGAGCAACUUCAAUGCUGUAUACGCAAAUGCUGUUUGCCCUGUUUUACGAUAAGGUGGUCAUGGAUAGUUCGCCAAGUGCUAUCAGCUGGGCUGGCUCCGGGUUGAUUCUUGGUAGUGCCCUGUACGUCGGCGUUGUUCGGGACAAUAGCAGCAAUAAUAAUACCGCAAGAAGUGCAGCUCAAGAUAAUGCACAAGGUCAGGGGCGAGUAAGUGAGGACCGGACUCAAACAGGACCAGUCAAGGAUACGAUUUCAUCCGCGGAUAUACGGGAUGUUGAAGAAGGUCGGGGUCUUUUGACCGGGUCGGAUGAUAUAGAUGCUGAGGUCGAGGCUUCUUCUUCCUCCUCCUCAUAGACAUAGAUCUGUUUAGACAUUAUCAUGACUGUUA